GCCACGAAAUGCCAUGUAAAAGCUCGCGAGCGGAUGAAUUUCGUACUAGAUCGAUCGGAACUCGAUGACACCGGUUAACCGAGGCCUUCUGCGACUUGUUUAUAUGUGCCCACAGUAGUUUCACAGACAGUUUCUUCUGCAUCGAGAAUUAAAUCGCUUUGACGUAAAAAAACAAUCUUGUCAUUACGCGCACGAGUGAGUUAAAGCUCUCGUUCACUUUGUUUAUAAUCCCCAGUUUAAAUCGAAGCGAUUCAAAAUGUCUCAAAGAGGAAACGACGACACUAUUGGCUCGGACGGGCCGAGUUUCGUUGGUAUUAAAUUCUGUCAAGAAUGCAACAACAUGCUAUAUCCGAAAGAGGACAAAAAUCAAAAAGUCCUUAUGUACGGGUGCAGAAAUUGCGAGUUCAGAACCCUGGCUGAGAGCAGCUGCAUAUACGUAAACAAAAUUAUGCACGAAAUUGACGAGUUGACUCAUAUCGUAGCAGAUGUGACAUCGGAUCCAACCUUGCCUAGAACGGAGGAGCAUCCAUGUCCAAAAUGCCAAAACAGAGAGGCUGUAUUUUUCCAAGCACAAACCAGACGAGCUGAAGAAGAGAUGAGGCUGUAUUACGUGUGCACCAAUCAACAGUGUACCCAUAGAUGGACCGAAUAAUUGAUUAUGCAGCUGGCGAUCGUUGAACACAUUUUGAAUACACGUUGAAUUUGUGUUCCAAUUUCUUUUAAAGAUUUUUAUUUGUAAAAAUGACAAGUUGAUUAUGAAAUUUUUUCAAAAGAUAUUGGAGAUUACAAAAUGAAUUAUUCUUAGCUUAGUUACUGUAGAAAAGAAUUACACUUGAAAUCUAUAAUUAUAGAAAAUUAAUAUCAUUUGAGGAAAACCAAUAAUAUUUAAUAUUUCAAUUCAAUGAUUUGUAUGGUCCUUUAUUGAACUACAUACGAAUACAUACAAGCUUUCAUUGUAAUCAUUUUUAUUUUUUUUCACUUUGAUCUCAAAUGAUUAAUUUCUGUUCAUUUUUCAAUGUGUAAGCUCAAAAUGUUUCAGACCAUAUCAAUAAGAAUAUUUGUAAAUAGCUUGUAAGAAAAAUCAUAUAUGGACACAAUAAAAUAAGUUAAUUAAAA